AUGUCGUCGGACUCCUCGUCGUGGGCGCGCGCCCUGGUGCACAUCUCGCCCUACACCUUCUCCGCCAUCGGCAUCGCCGUCUCCAUCGGCGUCUCCGUCCUCGGCGCGGCAUGGGGUAUCUUCAUUACGGGGAGCAGCCUCAUCGGGGCUGCCAUCAAGGCGCCCAGGAUCACAUCUAAGAACCUCAUCAGUGUCAUCUUCUGUGAGGCUGUUGCAAUUUAUGGUGUAAUUGUGGCAAUCAUCCUCCAGACAAAGCUUGAAAGUGUGCCAACAUCUCAAAUGCACCAGGCUCUCCAUCUUGUCUCCUCUGGUGAAUUUAUUCUGCAGUUCCAGAUGAUUAAAUUUCCUAUUUAUAGGGUAUGCGUGGGGAUAAUUGGAAGCAGCUGCGCACUGUCUGAUGCUCAGAACUCAUCACUCUUUGUAAAGAUCUUGGUGAUUGAGAUCUUUGGCAGCGCUCUGGGACUGUUUGGAGUCAUUGUGGGCAUCAUUAUGUCAUCUCAAGCGACAUGGCCAGCAAAAGCUUGA